AUGAAGCAAGAAGACACAAGCGAGGGAUACUUUCUCGUGUAUCUGAAUGAUGAAGAUUACAGAAGAAACUGGGCCCCCUUUGCUAUUGGCCCAAGCGAUCCUAAGAGAAGGGGCGAAUUGUACCUUAAUCCAUUGUUGAUUGUAGGCGACUUGUACAAGCAAAUUGAACAUAUUUUCGCUCAAAUUCCUUUACUAAAUGAGAGAUUCCAAUUGGAAUUCAAUCCACCAGCAGUAACUUUAUCCAUGUCUUUAGACUUCCAAAGCGUUACAAUCAAUUGUGAUUUGGUUGUUGCAUUCGAGUUGCUAAAUGAUUGUCUUCCAGUUGAAUAUCCAUCGUGGAUUACAGUACUUGGAAAGCCAAACUGGCUCAGUGAGGAGGCUUUUGUUAAAGCACAACAACAGCAUCUUUAUCUUGUUGGAAAGUGUUCACCAAAUGGACAAUCAAAGGUAGAAUGGAGACUGUCUUUCAGCGUUGUAGAACUUUUUCUGUUACAGGAAUUAGCAUCACAAUGCCCUGCUGCUAUAACAUGUUACAGAGUCUUUAAACAAAUAAGAUUCUGGCAUCUAAAAUGCCCUCAUAUUCUUCAUUCAUAUCACUUGAAAAUGGUGUUUCUUCAAGCGUGCCACAAGUACCCUCCAAAAUUAUGGACAGACAGUAAUUUGGCAGCCAACCUUCUUGGACUUUUGGAUGACUUGUUUUAUUGCCUGGCCACAAAGUCUUUGCCAAGUUACUUUAUUCCACAAUAUAACCUGAUUGAGGGAAUUCAUCCUGAAUUUCUGUUCACCUUACUGGAUAAAUUAAAUGAUGUGAGAAAAGACCCCUUUAAGAACAUUAUCAAUUUAAAAAGAUGA